CUUAUCUUUGCAUUAACAACACAUGAAUGUGUCAGUCACUUUAUGGGAUAUUGUCAAAUUAUAUUCAAUUAAACCCCGUUUUCGGAUAAAUACAUAUUAUAAUUUCAAGGUGUGGAAAAGUCUAAUUAUUUUCCGAUUCCAGAAGGUGUUAAAUAUGAGUGCUCGUCCUAAACUAUACAUCAAUCAAGGAAUACCGGAAGACGGAGAGGCUAUAAAGCUGUACCGUAAGCAAUGUGAAAUUACUAUGUACGACGAGAAGAAAGGCGGUGUGGUUUCUGUGCCACGGGAAGAGUUCCUGAGAUCAGUCAAAGGAGUGGACGCAAUACACCUUGCGUACCCGGCAAAAAUUGACAACGAAGCUCUUGAUGCUGCAGGUCCUCAGCUGAAGGUUAUAGGAACAAUGUCUGUGGGUCUGGAUCAUCUAGAUUUAGCCGAAUGUUCACGUCGAAAUGUCAAAGUAGGAUAUACGCCCGAUGUUCUCACAGACGCCGUGGCUGAAGCGGCAAUAGCUCUUACUCUUGCCACAGCUCGGAGACACAAAGAAGGUAUGGCCGAUGUGAAGAACGGAGUUUGGGGAUCUACGUGGAGCAAUUCUCUUUAUCUCUGUGGAAAGGACAUUAAAGGGUCGACUGUAGGAAUUGUUGGAUUGGGGCGUAUAGGCUUUGAAGUUGCUAAACGCCUCAAGGCCUUUGGUAUUAAUCGUCUCCUGUACUGUGGCAGAACCCACAAGGAUUAUGCCUCUGAAGUUGACGGAGAAUUUGUGGCCUUUGAUGACUUGUUGAGACAAUCAGACUUUGUUAUAGCAUGUUGUUCAAUAAAUCCAAGUAACCACAAACUAUUCAACGCUGAAGCAUUCAAGAAAAUGAAAUCGUCAGCGAUACUGGUAAAUGUGUCGCGUGGUAUACUCAUUGACCAAGAUGCACUUUACGAUGCCUUGAAGACUGGAGAGCUACACGCAGCUGGAAUUGAUGUAACAACCCCAGAACCAUUGCCCGUCGAUCAUCCACUGUUAACGCUGCCUAACUGUACAGUACUUCCUCACCUUGGGAGUGCAUCUAUCAAUGCACGGCACGCAAUGGCAAAUCUUACGGCACGCAAUAUUUUAGCCGGUCUGAAAGGAGAUCCUCUGCCGGCACCAGUUCCUUCGCAAAAAUAAACGAUUGUUUUUUUUUUAUAAAACUCUAUCAUACAUUUAAUUCAUUGGUCAGACAGAUUUAAUAACCAGUAAACAUUUUUUUCUAGCAGUAAAUUUAACAAAUACACCUUGUGUUGUUGAUGUUUGUGAAGCGCUAUGUUUUUUUUGUAAGAUAACAUAUUUAUUGAAGUUGGCUAUAAAACAUGUGGACAAGUAAUUUGUAUCCCAUCGGUGACUGACUGCACCCCACGUAUUGCUGAUUUAUUCCUACACUGUUAUGAACGAGAUUUCAUACUCAGUUUGUCCACUGAUGCGCAGUUUGACAUUAUUGAAGCUUUGGAUGGAAGCUCGGGGUACCUUGAUGAUAUUUUAAAUAUGGACAACCUAUAUUUUUCAGAAAUGAUCAAACACAUUUAUACAAAAGAUUUACAAUUUGACUAAGCUAAUACCUCAGAUUUGGAAGCGUCAUUUUGGACUUACAUUUAACAAAUAUGAUAAAAGAGACGAUUUGUCAAGUUCCCCAACCUGGAUUGGGAUGUCCUUCAAACGACAUCAUACGGUGUCAAUAUUUCACAACUUAUUCGUUUUGCAAGAGGUUGCUCAAAGUAAGAGGAUUUUAAUCAUCACCAAAAGCUGUCAUAUUCGAGCUAAAAUCCGGUGUUGAAAAACUGAAUACGGACUCUGGCAAAGUACAGUGCGUAACAAUUGUGCAACUGAACCAAAAAACCUCACGCUGGUUUCUUUAGUAGUUUAGGUCUUGUAUCAAAUUUUAAAGCUCCUUAGAGAAGGUCGGUUCUAAAACCUAUUCUGAGUUGUGCAACGUCAGUCAAAACAGAAAUUAUCGUCCUGGUGUGUGAGUAUACUCUUCUAGAGUGAGGCGAUUGAUAACGAUAAUGUUGGUGGUGAUAAUGAUGAUUAUAAUGAUGAUGAUGAUGACGAUGAUUUUGGUGAUCCAUGAAGAUUCAGCUCAGAUCUACAUAAAGAAGGGAACAGUUAUGAGAAACUUUUCUUACUUCUAGCCAUGAGCUAUAAAAAUGUUCCCCAGUGUUUUCGACGCUUUAGGUCAGUCGUUUAUCAAUAAUACGGAAUAUGUCUCACUAAUUGGGUGAUUUUGGCCAUAAACCAAUAUGCAACUCGCUUUUGUCGUAUUAAAGACUGAAUUGGCAGUCUGAAAGAGCUAUGUGAAAAAGUGCUAUGUAUACGUAAUAAAUUCACAAUGAAAUUUAAAGAAA